AUGAGACUCGGCUACCACUACAUCCACACUGGCUCUCAACUUGCCCCAGAAAAACAGGAAGAUCCGCUCGACCCUGCGACACCUCCUUCCGACGGCCGUGUCCCAGUUUUCCUGCCACCGAACCCGCACCGGUUUACUGCGGAGAAGGUUCGCCUGGAACUCUCCCGCCACGCCUCCGCCAACGCGCGCGCGGGUGGCCGUCAGCACGCCCGCCCGUUCACACGUGCAACGCGAGUCCCGUGUCCGGAGCGGCCGAGGAAGCGGCUGGCCCAGCAGAACCCAGACCUGCACAACGCCGUGCUGAGCAAGAUGCUGGGCCAGUCGUGGAAGGCCCUCGGCGCCAGCGACAAGCGCCCCUUCGUGGAAGAGGCGGAGAGGCUGCGGAUCCAGCACCUCCAGGACCAUCCCAACUACAAGUACCGCCCGAGGAGAAAGAAGCAGGCCAAGAAGAUCAAGAGGAUGGAGCCCAACAUCCUUCUGCACAACCUCUCCCAGUCUUGCGGCGACGGCUUCGGGCUGAGCCCCCGCAACGUGGCCGGCAGCAUCGCCCACCUGGGCCACUCCCAGCCUCCCCCUCUCAACCACUUCCGCGAACUCCGGUCGGUGGGCUCGGAUAUGGAGAACUAUGGCCUGCCGACCCCGGAGAUGUCCCCCUUGGAUGUCUUGGAGCAGAGCGAGCCGGCCUUUUUCCCUCCGCACAUGCAAGACGACUGCGGCGUGAUGUCCUUCCGGGGAUACCACCACCAUCCCCCUCCUCCGCCCCCCCAGGUGGAGUUUUCCCCAGAAAAAAACCUGGGGCGGAAUCUGCCAAUGGGCUACUCCCCGAAUCCCCCGUCACACCUGGCCGAUGCCAUGAGGACUCCCCACCCACCUGGCCUGUACUACAACCAGAUGUGUGCCGGAGCUGCCGGUGGCCUCUCGGCCCAUUUGGGCCAGCUUUCCCCACCGCCUGACUCUCACCACCUGGACGGCGUCGAGCACUUGAACCCCAACGAGCUUUGGACAGAAGUUGACCGCAACGAGUUUGACCAGUAUUUGAAUAUGAGCAGGACUCGUCCCGAGGCUUCGGGCCUCCCUUACCACGUCUCCUUGUCCAAAGUGACUCCUCGAAGUCUCUCCUGCGAGGAAAGCAGCUUGAUAUCGGCCUUGUCCGACGCCAGCAGUGCCGUCUACUACAGCGCCUGUAUCACUGGGUAGGGCUUUUCCUUUGGGCCUCGUCUUCACCGUGGAAAGAGCUUGAGGGCAUAUGUACAUUUUGGACUGCCGUUCGGUUUGACCCACUACCCUUUCCCCAAGGGAACCCUGGGAAUUGUAGUUCUCCAAAGCGGGACCGGGGAUCUCUAAUAAAGAACUCUCAAGGUUGUCUGAACUAUAAUUCCCUGGAUUGUUGGGGGGAAAGUGAUGGCAGUUUAAAAACGGAUUUCGGCUCGGAGUGUAGAUACGCCCUAUGGAACUGGUAGCCCGAAAGGCUUGUGCGCAUUUUUUCCAAGGCCAGAGUGACUUGGUUUCCUAUCUCUCUCUGGGG